ACCAAACUCAAAAUAGAAAAAAUGACAGAAGUUGUACCAAUUACAAGGAUUGAUAGAAAAUCAUCGAUUGAAUUUGAGCCUCGUACUCUUAAUUUCAGACAAAUUCAAUCCGCAAGGGAUGCAGCUUUGUACGUGGUAAGAUCAAGGAGUAUAGAAGAAGCCAAUCAAAUAUUUACCGAGGGUAUGGCGCCUAUAGAAUCGGAAUCUCCGAGAAGCGGAAAUGUGUCAUGUACAAUGGUUGCGGGUGGAUCAUGUUUAGACGACGACGAAAACACGUAUCCAACAUACAGUAAUCAGUAUUUUACAUUGGACACAUUAAGGGAUGUAGCCACUGCGCCAUUUUAACUUUUAAGUUCCCCUCUCAUGUAAUAGGGCACAACCCUAAGCUGUUUUCGAUAGUAGUCCUUUGUAGUAGUGUAGUCCGUUUUAGAGUUUUAGGUUAACCUUAGUAUAGCCAGGAAGAGUCCUUUUUGUUAAGAAAUUAACAAACAAACUUGUAUUUUUGGUUCCAAGUUUAUGUGGACCGCCUAGCAAUCUAGCAUACAUUACUCUGUGUUCAAUCUGUUUAUCUUCGGCCCGGCCCAAUCUGGAGAAUAGCGGGUUUUGGAUAGAUCUUUUAAGCUCAAAACACGAUGUUAUUUUCUUUGACGGGUUGUGUGCAACUCAAAACUGAAAUUUUAG